GCACAAUCUCCGAUGGUCGCGCAACAGUCGCGCGGCAGGGAAUGCGCACAGCUCGAGCAACAGCAAAUGCAGCUCAAACACAACAGUAGACGGUCAUUUCCGAGUCUCUUCUGUUCGUUUAAUGUGUCCUAGAAAGAUCGAAUCAACCAAGUCUUUCAUUUAAUGCCGGGCAGAUGUUUUUAUUCCGGAUCAAAGCUCUCAGCGGAUCGGCUCGAAUCACAGAGCUCGAGGAAAAACUGGCACAUCUGAUUCUGGAUGUGAUGCUCUGAUGAGAUUCUGAUGAACAGAUCUCAUAAAAUCAGGACAAGAGAAAUCUGGUGUCCAUAUGGAGAAGAGCGAGAUCAUUUGAUGUAAUUAAGCAGAACCCAUAAUGAGAUUGUGACUACAGAAGCUGGGAGUUUUGUCAGAGAUCUGAUCUGGACCUGAUAAACUGGACCUUAGGACCAACCUCCAGAGCCCUGUUAUCUGAUCAUCUCUACCAACACUUCUGUCUGUUUAUAUCACAUCUGCUCUUUCUGGAUCAUAGAUUAUCUUGAAGGAGGAGUAUUGUGGAUACCAUGAUUACUUCCAGAACAGGAAUAUUAGAGACUAAUCUCAUUUUUUUAAGCGAACUCGAUUACAGUGAUGAAUCUCUCUAUAGCGAGUGAAACAGCCCCUUGUUCGUUUUUCUACGGGAUGUGUGGUGACCUCUUCAGCAUGCGGUGACAUUCAGAUUGUGUUUUCAUUCUUUCUACUGUUUCUGUGGAUGGUGGACCUUAAAUGAACUGAAAAUAUUUGAUCGAGUUAAUAAUAAUAAUAAAUAAGAGACCAUCAUUAUUGCUCCUGGAAUAUUUGCUUAUAUUGGGAUAAAAAUCCGUUCUGUUUUCUGCUGGAUCAAUCGAUGGCUCGUCCUGGCUCUGGUGUUUUGGUGUCGAUGGGAGGGGGACUGGGGUACUCUCCCAGCAUGGCCAGAGUGGUGGUCUGGGAAUGGUUAAAUGAACAUGGCCGCUGGAGGCCUUACACCGCCGCAGUCUGUCAUCAUAUCGAGAACGUGCUGAAGGGAGAUGCGCGUGGAACCGUCAUACUGGGGCAGGUGGAGGCUCAGCUCACGCCUUAUGUCAUAGACCUGCAGUCCAUGCAUCAGUUCAGACAGGACACAGGCACAAUGCGUCCCGUGCAGCGCAAUUUCUACGACCCGUCCUCGGCUCCAGGGAAGGGCAUCGUGUGGGAGUGGGAAAACGAUUGUGGAUCUUGGACGGCUUAUGACAUGGAGUUGUGCGUCAGCAUUCAGAAUGCCUAUGAGAAGCAGCACCCCUGGCUGGACCUUAGCUCCCUCGGCUUCGGUUACCUGGUGGACUUUGACGGGAUGUCCCAGACGAACCGACAGAGCCAGAGAAAGCGGCGCAUCCGGCGCCGGAUGGACCUCGCCUACCCGCUCAUCGCCGGAUCCAUCCCGAAAUCGCAGUCCUGGCCGGUGGGCACAAACUCGGGCACCCCGUGCACAUGCCAGCAGUGCCUCCUGGUUCACAGCACGCGGGCGGCGUCCAACGCCAUCCUGGCCCUGCAGCAGAAGAGGAAGUUGUACGGAACGGAGGGCGGGGCCAAUCAGACAGCUGCUGUCGUGAGGCAGAGCAAGACCUUUGCCGGUACCUCCCUCUGGUCUCCCACGGCGACCGUUGCUGGAGGACAUCAUAACAACAUUUCGACAGGGGGAGGAGGAGGUGGGAAGGUGGGGAUGAGUGGGGCAAAUUUCCCAUGCACCCCUGCGCUGGUGACCUUACCAGCCAAUCACAUGCUUACUAUUAAUGGACAGAAUAAUCUAAACCGGCCAGGCACGCAGCGAAUCACAGUGACAGCCCCCCGAGGAGCAAUCCCACCUGGGGUUCCUGCACUUCCUGUAAAGAAUCUCACGGGAUCAGGACCCGUCCACCCUGCAUUAGCAGGAAUGACAGGCAUUCUGAUGUGUGCCGCUGGACUCCCUGUGUGUUUGACUCGAGCCCCUAAACCCAUUCUGCACCCACCGCCUGUCAACAAGAGUGACCUGAAACCAGUACCAGGAAUCAACAGCAUUAGACGCAAGACCAAGAAGAAACACAUUCGUAAAGGUAAAAACCCAGAAGAUGUGGUCCGGCGCUACACAGAGAAAACAAAAAUGCUCCCAGAUGAGGACUGCACCAUCUGUAUGGAGAGACUCACAACAGCAUCUGGAUACGAGGGCGUACUGAGCUUUAAAGGCAUCAAACCCGAAAUGGUUGGCAAACUGGGCAAGUGUGGCCACAUGUAUCAUCUUCUGUGUCUGGUGGCCAUGUACAACAAUGGAAAUAAGGAUGGAAGUCUUCAGUGUCCGACCUGUAAGGCCAUUUACGGAGAGAAGACUGGCACACAGCCGCCUGGGAAAAUGGAAUAUCAUGUUAUUCCUCACUCUCUACCCGGUUACUCUGAAACAAAGACUAUUCGAAUAGUGUAUGACAUUCCUGCUGGGAUACAGACCUCAGAACAUCCGAACCCUGGGAAGAAAUUCAGCGCACGAGGCUUUCCACGACACUGCUACCUGCCAGACAAUGAGCAGGGCAGAAGGGUGUUGAAGUUGCUCAUCAUGGCGUGGGACCGGCACUUGAUCUUCACAAUCGGCACGUCUAGCACCACAGGAGAAACGGAUACGGUCGUGUGGAACGAGAUUCAUCACAAAACCGAGUUCGGCUCGAACCUCACGGGCCACGGAUACCCGGACCCCAACUACCUGGACAAUGUUAUGAGAGAACUGGCCGCACAGGGCGUAGGUGAGGACAACCUGAAGGAUUGAGGGCCGAUUCGAGCCAAUGUGGGUCUGCGUACACAACUCACACAUUCAUAAUGAGGAGUUUCUGACCUCUCAGCAGUAGCUAAGAGAACGAUCAUCCUUACUGAUCUAGAGUCAGUGUGAGAGAACAGAAGAGAUGAAUGAAACCGUAGCAAGGAUCUCUUUCUGAUUCACCCAGUCAGCUUAUUUUCCUUUUACUCUAUGAAAGCUACCCAGAAUGCCGCUGGUCUGAUACAGCUGUGUGUUUGAAGGGAGCCAGUGAGGCUCAGAUGUCUGAUUCAUGUUUGGUCAAUAUUAUGUUCUUAUACAUAAUGCAAUUUUAGUGAUAAUGCACACAAAAUAUUGAAAUGCAAUGAAAAUGUAAUAAGGAAUAUUUACUUAGAAAAAGUUUUAUUAUCAAUUAAAAGCCUCUUUGUGGAAUUUGAGGUGAGGUAAAAGUGAGGCAUGGUGGUGAGAAACAAACACUGAUAACCUCAACAUCACCAAAUACACAUUGAUUUAAGUAUCAGCAUACCUGAUUUAUUGGUUUAUGACUGAUUCUGAUAGAUUCAUGUAUCUUGGGAAGAUCUAUGAAUUGACAUCAUCAAGUUUUACAGAUGUUUAAUGUUUGGAUCAGAUUUGUGCUCAAACUAUCAAAUAAAAGAGGAAGUACGAUUUCUUGUAGAUGGGAUCAGUAAACAGAUUUUUAUUUGGGGGGGGGGGCUGUUUUAGAUGCUUUUGCAACUGCUGCAUAAAAUAUCUGCACAUCAGAACAUUCAGAUCUUUUGAACUUCAGACCAAUUAGUGAGGAAACGCUGCGCAAGCUGAGAUCUGAACCUUCUCCAGUCUCAGCUUUCUCAAAACAGUUUGAAGUAUUUAUGAUGAAGACGAAUGAGAUCCUCUUGAAAUAUGCAAUGAUUCAUACGUUCUGUCAUUAUUUCUCUUGUUUUGUCAUUGAUUUGAAGGCGUUGACUGCGGUGCAGAUAUCUCGCUGUGUUCACAAUAGAAUUCUAGCAUACUAACUGAAUACUGUAGUACACACUAUAUACUACUGUAUUGCCUAUUGUUAUUUACAGUUAGACUGUAAGAUAUAUGUAAGGAGUAAUUGACGAAGGGCCAUUGAAUUAUAAGAAAAUAAUGCACAUCCAAGGUGGUAAUGCUGCACGACGUGAGUUUUUUUAAGACAUUUGACAGGUUAGGUGUCCGGUUUACAGAAAAAUAAUCAACAUCCAUUAAACAUUUCUCAACCAAUCAGAAUAAAGCAUUAAACAGCUCUGUGGUAUAAGGAACAAUAAAUGCUUCUUAUAUUGAAUACAUUGUCAUGUGACCUCACUAUGUUGCAUCUGUCAUUUUUUUAAUUAAUUUGAAUUAGUAUUUUUGUCUUGUUUUCAGUAAAAAUAUAUAUAAAUCCUUAAAUUAAUAUCCUUUUUCUUGAUGAGCAAAAUGACCUAAGAAAAUAAGUCAAAGACAAAAAUAUACAAUUUGAGUGAAUUUGUGCCUAAAACAAGCAAAAAUAUCUGCCAAUGGGGUGAGAACAAAAUCUUGAAAUUUAAAAGUUACCUUUUUUUCGUACUUAAUUCAAGUAAAAAAUUCUCACCCCAUUGGCAGAUAUUUUUGCUUGUUUUAAGCACAAAUUGACUUAAAUGUAAUAUUUUUUGUCUAAAGGUUCUUAGGUCAUUUUGCUCAUCAAGAAAAUACAUCUUGAUUUUUUAGAUAUUUCUUCUGAAAACAAAAACAGAAAUACUAAGUAAGAAAGUCAUUUUAGCUGAAUUUAAAGUAUUUGAAAAACAGUAGGCGAAAAGUACCAUUGGAGUUAUCCAAUGAAGAACACUGCAAAAAAUGAUUAGGAUUUGUGUCUUGAAUUUAGGCAAAAAAUUAACAUUUGUGAAAUAAAGUGAAAAAAAAUCUGCCAUUGGGGUAAGCUAAUUUUUCUUAAUUUUUUAAAAUUAAGUGUUUAAGAAAAACUUCUUUUUUUUGGCUAAAAACUAGACUUAUUUUUUUAAGUAUUUUUGUCUUGUUUUCAGUACAAAUAUCGAAAUAUUCUUAAAUCAAGAUGUUUUUUCUUCAUGAGCAAAAUGACCUAAGAAAAUAAGUCUAGUUUUUAGGCAAAAAAACCCAUAAAAUUUAGGUAAAUUUGUGUAUAAAACAAGAAAAAAAUCUGCCAAUGGGGUAAGCUAAUUUUUUUUAAAAUGUUCUUGAAUUAAGCGUUUAAGAAAAAGUUCAAGAUUUUUUUCUUACCCCUAUGGAAGAUUUUUUUUUUUUUGGUUGUUUUAAGCACAAAUUCACUUAAAUGUUGUUGUUUUUUUGUCUAAAAACUAGACUUAUUUUUCUUAGUAUUUUUGUCUUGUUUUAGUACAAAUAUAAAAAAUUCUUAAAUCAAGAUGCAUUUUUAUGAGCAAAAUGACCUAAGAAAAUAAGUCUAGUUUUUAGCAAAAAAAAAAACCAUAAAAUGUAGGUAAAUUUGUGUAUAAAACAAGAAAAAAAUCUGCCAAUGGGGUAAGUUAAUUUUUCUUAAAAUGUUCUUGAAUUAAGCGUUUAAGAAAAAGUUCAAGAUUUUUUUCUUACCCCUAUGGCAGAUUUUUUUUGCUUGUUUUAAGCACAAAUUCACUCAAAUGUUGUUGUUUUUUGUCUAAAAACCAGACUUAUUUUUCUUAGUAUUUUUGUCUUGUUUUAGUACAAAUAUAAAAAAUUCUUAAAUCAAGAUGCAUUUUUUACGAGCAAAAUGACCUAAGAAAAUAAGUCUAGUUUUUAGACAAAUAAACAUAAAAUUUGAAUUUGUGCAUAAAACAAGAAAAAAACUCUGCCAAUGGGGUAAGCCAUUUUUUCUUAAAAUGUUCUUGAAUUAAACACUUAAGAAAAAGUUCAAGAUUUUUUUUGGCCCACUGGCACAUUUUUUGCUUGUUUUUUGUCUAAAAACUAGACUUAUUUUUCUUAGUAUUUUUGUCUUGUUUUUAGUACAAAUAUCAAAAAAUUCUUAAAUCAAGAUGCACUUUUUACGAGCAAAAUGACCUAAGAAAAUAAGUAAAAAAAUGCAAAAAACUUAAAGUUUAAGUGAAUUUGUGCUUAAAACAAGAAAAAAAGUCUUAAAAUAUACUUGAAUUAAGCGUUUAAGAAAAAGUUCAAGAUUUUUUUUUCUUACCCCAUUUGCAGAUUUUCAGCUUGUUUUAAGCAUAAAUUUAAGCAAAAAAGUUAUUAAAUCAAAAUGUAUUUUCUUGAUGAGUAAAAAGACGUAAGUACACUGCAAAAAUUAUUUUCAAGAAAAACAAUUCUUAGUAUUUUUGUCUUGCAUCUUAAUUUAAGAAUUUUUAGACCUUUUUGCUGAAAACAAUACUAAGAAUUUUUUUUUCUUAAAAAUCAUUUUUUGCAGUGUAGGUCAUUUUUUUGCGUUGAAGAAGAAGGAAAGGCAUAGUUUUAUUAAAAAAUGUCAGAAAGUGGUAACGCGGCUCUAUUAAAAUGCAAAUACAUAUCAGCUGUCCCUUGUGGUUAAAUUGCACUUGUUUAAUGUCAUUCCAGUUAAUGACUAACUUGUUGUUAUGAUGAUGUAUGUCAUGUGUGAUGCAUCAACAUGGCAGAUGUAGUACAUCCAAAUUCAUUCAUACUAUCCAUAUUAUACAGUACUAUAUAGUACCUACUGUCACAGUAUGCGAUUUCGUUCAUUUAAUGUAUAAGAAGAAUAGUCUGCAUUGCAUUGUGGGAUACUGUAUUUUGUGCGGUGUGCUCUGAUAUUCACAUUUAAGUCGUGUGCCAUACAUGUAGUGAAAUUACAUACUGUGCACAGCACAACACAUGGCAGAAAUCACAGGAUUAGUGUGUUAGUAUGCUAUUCUGAACACAGCUUUAGUGUUUGUCUUUGACAGAGAGCUGGUAGCAGAUGAAUAACAGCUCAGCCUUUUCUCAAGGUUAAAGUCUUACCAUAGGGCCGCUGGAGUUUUAAAUGAGGAACAGGCACUCAUUAGGGCAGACCUCAGGUUAUCCAUCAUGAUCCUGGAGCUGUGUGCUUUUGCUCCCUGUGUGUGUCGGGCGUCUCUUAGGGUGUGUGAUGUUAUAAACCAGCUCACAUCCCUUUAGGUUCCUGUCAUUGCAUGACUGACAGGCGAAAUAUCAUUUUUAUUGAUGAGUUAAAUCUUCAGGCGUCUUUUUCUCUGGACUUGUGCUUCUGCCUGUAAUACACCUUUCACACGACUCUUGUCAUUAUAACACAACUGUUUAAACUUUGCAUCUGUUGUGUGCCGAUCAGAUCCAUCGACUGCUGGACAGGUCAGAUGAUUUAUGGGAUGUCUGUCUUUGCAAUAACAGAUACACCUAGACCGAGUGAUUUGUGAUGUUUACACCAAUUUUGACCUUCAGUAUUACAUGAAGAA